AUGAUACACCUCGUCGACAACCUCGCCGAGAUGGAGGCCGUCGUCGACCAGCUCACCGCGCUCGACGAGCUACCUGCCCCGGGCGAGGUCUCCAUCACCGUCCGGGGCAUUGACUGCCUCGACGUCGCGCCCCAGAUGCUUCGACUGGCGGGCGUUGCCGAGGACUUGGGCGUCGUCGUCAACAACAAGGACUCCAUCCGACUCCUGGAUCGCGCGCACACACUGGUUGCUGACACGAGGCAGCACCUCGUGCCAGCAGUUGGUGUGGAUCUCUUCGACCACGACCGCCAGGCCCGCCUCCUCGCGUACGCCUACGCCCUCACCCAUCUCGGCAACGGUGUCGGGAACGGCAUCGGCCAGCUCCUGGAGAUGGGCGCCGUGGCGAGCUUCAUGAACACCUUCAUCGAGCGCGUCAACCAGGCCAUCGAGCUUUUCUGGAACGGAACGCUCGCUGGCCCUGAAUGCUUCGAUGCGGUGCUGGAGGCCAGCGCGAUUGUCGGCAUCAGGGCCGGCGUGGACUACAUUCGUCUCUAA